AUGGGGGUGGUAGGCGGAGAGUGCGCGGUCAAAGGUACCGGCGUUAAAAGCCAUCCCUGUCAUUGUUGCGGCAGUACGCGAAUAUCAACCACAGUUGGUCCAAGCGUUGUUAUUCAAGUACACAAACAUCGAAGAAGUUCGCGUAAAUCACAAUCUAACCUUAACAACAACCACAUCAACCACCAUCAGGACAAUUCCUUGGUGUUUGUCCAGGAACCAGAAGUACCUCCAACAAAUAGCCCUACCACCACUUCCACGGAUAACAUCUUAGCUCCCUUGAAGAGCAAGAUGAAAGUGCUUAAAAAACUUAAACGGAAAAUGGGACUGGCUCCCAGGUCCUCAAACACAGGUACAAACAAUUUACCUCCCUUGACGUUUCACCAAGUCCACGGUGAAAACAUACGCCUAUGCAAUGGUGCUACAAUUGCCCGCCGGCAUGAGAGUUUCUGCAAAGGGAUAACAUUUAGCGCGCGACCAGUUCGCGUCGGUGAAAAGGUCUGCGUGAAAUUCCUGGAGAUGUCAAACAAUUGGAGUGGCGUAAUACGGUUCGGUUUCACCAGCAACGAUCCAGUUCACCUAAGAAACGGAUUACCACGUUACGCUUGCCCGGAUUUAACGAACAAGCCGGGGUAUUGGGCAAAAGCAUUGGCUGAGCGGUUCGCUGGCCGUGACACAGUUCUCUUCUAUUACGUAACAGCCGCCGGUGAUGUCCACUUUGGAGUCAACGGCGAGGAAAAGGGAGUCUUCUUCAGCGGCGUUGAAACCCGCGGCCCACUUUGGGCGGUGAUAGACGUCUAUGGAAACAGCACCGCGAUAGAGUUCCUGGAUCCUAACAGACAGCACUUCAACAACAUCAGACGCGGGGUUGAGCACAGCAACGAGGACAACGCCCAACCUAGCAGACACACUGCCAUGGAUGACGCUAGUAACGCGGGUCGGGAUAUCGUUGAGAAAAUCAUCGUUCCUACCAUGCAAAACAUGGUGCUCCAUCAUGGUCCAGAGCCAGAUGUUGAUCUUCCAGGUCUGAGAUUUCAGCCAUCAGGUGUCCUCUUCGCUCCACUGCCCUUCCACCCAGUCCGUGGCCGGAACAUCCGGUUCAGCAAUCAGCAAUGCGUAGCAACACGCAAUGAUACCGAGUUUUGUCACGGUUACGCAUUCACAAAUCGUCCGUUGAUACUAGGAGAGCGUCUAGUCGUCCAAAUCCUCUCUACAGAACCAAUGUACGUCGGAGCUUUGGCUCUCGGCUUAACCUCCUGCGACCCAGCCCGUCUAACUGCGGAAGAUCUUCCAGAUGACAGCGACCUUUUACUAGACCGUCCGGAAUACUGGGUGGUGUCCAAAGACGUAGCUUCCUCUCCCCAACCCGGUGAUGAGAUAGCCUUCACAGUUACCCACUACGGCGAGGUCCAGAUGUCGAAAAACGGCGGCCCACCCAACAUAGUGAUGCACGUUGACCAGAGUCUCCAACUUUGGGCGUUUGUCGACGUUUACGGCAGCACCCAGAGAGUUAGAAUGCUAGCUAGCAGGCCAUCUUCACCACCACGUCAACGACAAGCUACUGCAGUUGCUCCUUCGAAUCCCGUCAGUGUUCCAGUUGCUCCAACGACUCCAGCAGCAACUCACCCAGCUACUCCCCAACCACUGGUGACUCCCCACCAGAACCACCAAGGCCACGUCACUGAAUUAACCAGAUACCCAGACAUGGUCCAGGUUAAGUCAGGCAUUGGGGGUCAAACUGUCCUAGUGGUGAACCUUCCACCUCAACAGAACUACCCACCCGCUUCGCCGCCAAUCUACGGCUCGACCAACCGAUCUCCGGGAUUCUACCCAAGUGGUUCCAGCACGGGGCCAACUGGUUCCACGGGUUCCACUGGAGGGAAUCCCGUAGCUGCUUCAACCCCCAGAGCUUCGCCUCCGGUGCUAACUGGGACGAUGAGCAGCACUGGCUCGUCUACCUACGUUGACCCUGUUACUUACCAAGCUAUUGAUUCAAGUACCUUGACUCUUCAAGGCACUGGGAACCCUCACCUGCAGCAGUGGAGUGAAAAACUACAACCUACUCCUGGUCAGCCCAGCGAAUGCUCAAUCUGCUACGAAAGGAACAUUGAUAGUGUCCUUUACAUGUGCGGUCACAUGUGCAUGUGUUAUCCCUGCGCAAUUCAACAAUGGCGGGGUAAAGGUGGUGGACAGUGCCCUCUGUGCAGAGCGCAGAUUAGGGACGUUAUCAGGAUUUAUCGGUCUUGA